AUGAAGGUUCAAACCAGUGCAGCUCUUCUCCUUUCUUCUUGGGUCCCAGCUACAUACGCUUGGGGUACCUUGGGGCAUUAUACUGUUGGAUACGUCGCCACUAACUUCGUCUCUACUGCCACAAAGACCUAUUUCCAAGACCUAUUGGGUGAUACCAGCACAGACUACUUGGCUUCUGUUGCUACCUGGGCUGAUUCAUACCGAUACACCACUGCUGGAACUUUCUCGGCACCUUUCCAUUAUAUCGAUGCUCAAGAUAGCCCACCUACUUCUUGUGGUGUUUCAUACUCCAGAGAUUGUGGAUCUGCAGGAUGUGUCGUCAGUGCCAUCAACAACUACACAACCAUCUUACAAAAGGGCACUGCAAGUGCUGCCAAUUUGGACAUCGCUGCCAAGAUGAUCAUUCACUUCCUCGGCGACAUCCACCAACCUCUCCACGAUGAAAACCUCGAUGUAGGUGGCAACACCAUCGCCGUCACCUACGCCGGCAAAACCACCAACCUCCAUUCAAUCUGGGACACUGCUAUUCCCGAACAAUACACAGGCGGUUACGCACUUUCCGAUGCCAAGACAUGGGCAGCAACUCUCACCACCGCCAUCAAAACCGGAACAUAUUCUUCAUUGAAAGCAGGCUGGACUAAAAAUAUGGAUAUCGAUGACCCAAUUACUUCCUCAAUGGUUUGGGCAUCCGACACAAAUGCCUAUGUUUGCAGUACCGUUUUGCCCAAAGGAGUUACGGCGGUUGAGUCAGGUGAUUUGAGUACCAAUGGAUAUUACACAGCUGCGAUUCCAGUGGUCAAGUUGCAGAUUGCCAAGGCAGGAUACAGACUUGCAGCUUGGUUGGACUUGAUUGCUACUGGUACUACUAACCUCUAA